UUAUGCUCUAGUUUGUCAAAACUGAUUCUACUUGAAGCACAAGUAAAUAGUUCCAAACACCCGUAACCAUCCUAAACCAAAACCUAAAUCGGAUCUUAAACGUCCCGUCUUCUUCAACGAGACCCUGACUGUGAAAUUGCUAAAGCUUAGCCCUAAUUUACUUGGAGCUGCUGCUCUUCUUAAUCCCCGAAUUGCUUCUGCAAACACAAUUUGCGACAUCCAUCAUUAAGGCCGUUUCAAGUGUUUUAUAUUGCGUGGUGAAGAAGAAUGGAGAACGGUGGUUUUAAUCGGGGGAAAAUUAAUGCAGAAGAUGUGAUAUCAAAGAUCAAGGAAGACGGAGAUUUCGAUCGACUCCGUCUUAAAGUUGUCCGAAAAGUAAAAGAUGAUGAGGAAUUGCGUAAUAACAUUAUGUCAGCUGUGAGGCAAUCAAAAGCACUUAACCAUCCAAGUGCCAAAAGAUUAAAACCAAGGCAACUUUCUGAUGCCAUAUAUGAAGAGGUUGGGACAAAAGUCAUGAGUGAAAUUUCUGAUAAUAUCUGGAAGGUAAUUAGAUCUGUGGAUGGCAUGAAGAAUGAAAUAGCAGAAACAGUACAAUCUGUUUGCAAAAGGUUAUUAAACCCAAAUGCUAAUCAAGAAGGUCAAAAGUCUUCCAAGGAAAACUUUGAGGCAGAUGCGAAGGGACUUGGAAGUAACAGCAGUACAUGUGCAGUCAAUGGUACACUAUCUGAUAAUGUGCCAAACAAACCUCAUGACGAGAAAGUUAGAGAUGAAUCUAAUCUAGAGGCCCAUUGCUCAGGGCGUCCUGUGGGUCUCAACAAAGAAAAUGGUGCAUCUGCACCUUCUCCUGGAUUUCCAGAAGCCGUGGAUACUAAUCACCCAGCUGAUCGCAUUGAUGAAGACCCCGAUGUACCCCCAGGGUUCAGUUAAUGCUUCUAUCCCUAUUCUCCUCCACAAGGUAUCGUUGUUGGGAUGCACAAACCAAAAUGUAUUAAUGCACCAAUGCCUGUUGAUUGCUCCAAUACUACAAUAGGAUUUCGGCACCAAGGCAAAUCACGUUGGAUAAGGAAGAAUGACAGUCAAUGGAUGAGCGUCCACCCUCUG